AGGUCGAGGGGAGGAGCACCGAGUGGAGGGCUCGCUAGCCGCGGCCGCCCGAGAGUCUCUUCAUCGCGGGCGCUGGGGCCGCCAUCUUAGAUGGCGGGAGUAGGACGAGAACGAGCGUGAGACGCGAAGGCUUUCUGCCGCUCUUCUUGGGCCCCAAAGAGGGCCAGCUGGCCGGGCUUUGGGGCGUGUGCCCUGAGGCGCGGAGCGCUUGUGCAACGAUGCGGGGGCUGCCUGGGGUCCCGUCCCCUGGGCUGGGGACGCGCCGAAUGUGACCGCCUCCCGCUCCCUCACCCACCGCGGGGAGGAGGAGCGGACCAGCCGCCACCGCUGCCGCCGGACGGCUGGACAAGGAGGCGGCCCGGCUCCCUCAGGUUUAGGUAUUUUGUAAGCUGCAUCAAUGGAGCACAUACAGGGAGCCUGGAAGACGAUCAGCAAUGGUUUUGGAUUCAAAGACGCAGUGUUUGAUGGCCCCAGCUGCAUCUCCCCUACAAUAGUUCAGCAGUUUGGCUAUCAGCGUCGGGCAUCAGAUGAUGGCAAACUUACGGACUCUUCUAAGACAAGCAACACUAUCCGUGUUUUUUUGCCAAACAAGCAAAGAACAGUGGUCAAUGUGCGGAAUGGAAUGAGCUUGCAUGAUUGCCUUAUGAAAGCUCUCAAGGUGAGGGGCCUGCAACCAGAGUGCUGUGCAGUGUUCAGACUUCUCCAUGAACAUAAGGGUAAAAAGGCACGUUUAGAUUGGAAUACUGAUGCUGCCUCAUUGAUUGGAGAGGAACUUCAAGUAGAUUUCCUGGAUCACGUUCCCCUAACAACACACAACUUUGCUCGGAAGACCUUCCUGAAGCUUGCUUUUUGUGACAUCUGUCAGAAGUUUCUGCUAAAUGGAUUUCGAUGUCAGACUUGUGGCUACAAGUUUCAUGAACACUGUAGCACCAAAGUACCAACUAUGUGUGUGGACUGGAGUAAUAUCAGACAACUCUUAUUGUUCCCAAAUUCCACUGUUGGUGAUAGUGGGGUCCCAGCACUGCCUUCUUUGACAAUGCGUCGGAUGCGAGAAUCUGUUUCCCGGAUGCCUGUUAGUUCCCAGCACAGAUACUCCACACCCCAUGCUUUCACAUUCAACACCUCCAGCCCUUCCUCUGAAGGUUCCCUCUCCCAGCGGCAGAGGUCGACGUCCACACCCAAUGUCCACAUGGUCAGCACCACCCUGCCUGUGGACAGCAGGAUGAUUGAGAAUAACAGCCUGAAUGCUUCUCCCAGGGCGUGGUCCAGACGAUUUUGUUUGAGGGGAAGAGAUGCAAUUCGAAGUCACAGUGAAUCAGCCUCACCUUCAGCCUUGUCCAGCAGCCCCAACAAUCUGAGCCCAACGGGCUGGUCACAACCGAAAACCCCUGUGCCAGCACAGAGAGAGCGGGCGCCAGGAUCCGGGACCCAGGAGAAAAACAAAAUUAGGCCUCGUGGACAGAGAGAUUCAAGCUAUUACUGGGAAAUAGAAGCCAGUGAAGUGAUGCUUUCCACUCGGAUUGGGUCAGGCUCCUUUGGAACUGUUUAUAAGGGCAAGUGGCAUGGAGAUGUUGCAGUAAAGAUCCUAAAGGUUGUUGACCCCACACCAGAGCAGUUGCAGGCCUUUAGGAAUGAAGUGGCUGUCCUUCGCAAAACUCGGCAUGUGAACAUCCUGCUGUUCAUGGGGUACAUGACCAAGGACAACCUGGCGAUUGUGACCCAGUGGUGUGAGGGCAGCAGCCUCUACAAACACCUGCAUGUCCAGGAGACCAAGUUCCAGAUGUUCCAGUUGAUUGACAUUGCCCGGCAGACGGCUCAGGGAAUGGACUACUUGCAUGCAAAGAACAUCAUCCACAGAGACAUGAAAUCCAACAAUAUAUUUCUCCAUGAAGGCCUGACGGUGAAAAUUGGAGAUUUUGGUUUGGCAACAGUCAAGUCGCGCUGGAGUGGUUCUCAGCAGGUUGAACAACCUACCGGCUCCAUCCUGUGGAUGGCCCCAGAGGUGAUCCGGAUGCAGGAUAACAACCCGUUCAGCUUCCAGUCCGACGUCUACUCCUACGGCAUUGUGCUGUACGAGCUCAUGACAGGGGAGCUCCCUUACUCCCACAUCAACAACCGUGAUCAGAUCAUCUUCAUGGUAGGCCGAGGCUAUGCCUCCCCAGAUCUUAGUAAGCUCUACAAGAACUGCCCAAAAGCAAUGAAGAGGCUUGUGGCCGACUGUGUGAAGAAAGUUAAGGAAGAGAGGCCUCUUUUUCCUCAGAUCCUGUCUUCCAUCGAGCUGCUCCAACACUCUCUACCGAAAAUCAACCGGAGUGCUUCUGAGCCAUCCCUGCACCGGGCAGCCCACACGGAGGACAUCAAUGCCUGCACUCUGACCACAUCCCCGAGAUUGCCCGUCUUCUAGCUGACUCUGCACCUGCGCUCAGGCCGCUGGGGGAGAAGAGAAGUCAGCAGGUACCACCUUUCUGCUCCCCUUCUGUGGGGACAGAGCUUAUCUUCAGAGAAGCUGCUGCUAAGGACCUUCUAGACCACUCACAGGGCCUUAACUUCACGUUGCCUUUUCUAUCCAAUUCUGGCCCUGGGAGAAGGAAGCCAUUCGCGAUGCUGGUUUGUCCUGCUCCCCCUCGAGGUCCCAUGCUCCUGUGCUGAGCCUUCUCCAGAUGCACCAGUGGCUGCUGAUGGCAUUAUGGGAUCUGGGGCCCCAGCUAUUGAUUGGCUAAAUGAGUAAUUUGAGAGCAAGAAAAAAAAGCACUCAGAGGGGAAAAAAAGUGACUGUGGCAGGCAAACCAGCCAUGACAUGGGGGACAUGUUGAUUUCGGGAAUCAGCUCCUAUGAGCAAAACUUAUCACAGAAAGACUUCUCUUCAGAGAUGAGAUGAGUGGUGUGGCGCCAAACAGGUAGUUUUGCACAUAAUGCACCAAACAGCCCAGGACUGUCAAGACUGUGGCCGCCUGGAGGAGCCUGCUUUGGUACUAUGGACUUGACUUUGAGGACACUUACCUUUCUUGAAGGUCUCCAGUGCUUUAGGAUGGUUUUCCACAAGAGGCGCUUGGCCUGCCCCUCCCAGUCUCCACCCUCUCAGGGAGCAGUCUUCCGUUGUGCUGAAUUAGUCUUCCAGGAGCUGCCCCUAUGGGGCGGGGCCGCUGGGCCAGCCUUGUCUCUACAUCACAUCAUGUGUAUGCAAGGAAGCCAGAACACAGGUUUUCUUGAUAAUUUGGGUUUUAAUUUUGUUUUUAUUGCACCUGCAAAAUACAGUUAUCUGAUGAUUCUUCAAUUAUGUUAUUUUAAUAAAAUAAAUUAAAUGUA